AAAUAAAGACAAAACCGACGUCGUAUUGCUUGGUGAAGAUAUUUUUUUUACGAAGUGGACUGCGGACCGAAUUGAAUAACGAUUCGUCGCUCUAGGGUUUUCUAAAUCUGUUGAAUCUUCUUGAAACCAUCGACAUGCAACUGACGCUUGAAUUCGGUGGAGGGUUAGAGCUUCUUUGUGAGUCUGUAAAGCUUCAUAAUGUCAAUGUUGAUCUACCAAACGGAGCAGAGAAGCUAACUAUGAAAGAUUUGCUUUCAUGGGUUCAAACCAAUCUGAUAAAGGAGAGGCCUGAAAUGUUCAUGAAAGGGGAUACUGUGAGACCUGGUGUUCUAGUACUUGUGAAUGAUUGUGAUUGGGAGCUCAGCGGCCAGCUUGACACCACACUUGAAGAAAAGGAUGCGGUAGUUUUUAUUUCAACGUUACAUGGUGGAUAGGUUCAAAAUAUUUGAUGAUAAAUAUUGGUUGUUUGAAUUGAGCAUUGAAGAUGUAUUAUUGAAACGUAUAGGGUGAAGAAGUGAAGGAUCGGACUGUUUUAGUAA